AUGUCUGGAAGCAAUACGCCAUCAAAAAAGUCUCACCCAUUGAACGUUUCAGGCGUAGUCGAAGUUUCAGAGAUACUUGCUUCACUCAACAACCUAAGCUUUACCUGGAGGAACUCAACCGUCUCUAUCACGUGCAAUGGAUGGGACAACGCCAACGAACGUGAAUACAAUGGUAUCUUGACCGGCUAUUCGGCCACUGAGCACGAAGUCGGCGACGAACGAUGCUACACAAUCAAAGGUCGGAUGAUCCCAGCACCCGACUGUGCGGACUUUCAAAUCUACUUCGAUCCAAUCCACAAGAUCGAUUCAGGCCCAUCAGAGACAUUUAUUGGGAGGCUACACGACAACACGGCAGCUUCAGGUUUCGGCAUAGUAGCAGCAAAGACGGAGAUAGCCGACCUCAACUCCGAUGCGGCAAUUUUGGUGUUUGUCAUGAAACAUACGGACUACAGACCAGAGGUCAGGUUUCCCUGCGUUGUGCAAAGCGACAAGUCAACUCACGAAUUCGAAGUCGAGUACCGUAUGCGACCCACACCAAACUUGAAGAAGACCCAGGGCUUGAUCCAGGAAGGUAAGGAGACCCUGGCCCAUGGGUACAUUGUCGAUUGGAAUGCAGAGCACAACCGUUGGAUCGUGGAUCGCAUCGCCGAGGGCGCAAAGGUGACGGGGAUUAACAUUGCUAGCGGUCACCAGUCGGUUACCAAGAAGAAGGCGGCAGCCGGCGCUCAAGUAACGCCAACAGGUCGUGUGAAACCAGCUAACACGCCUACCAAGCCGGCCCCGGUUACGCCUAAAAAACGAACUGCCCCAGCAGGUAAGGCAAAAGGCCGUGUGAGGCCAGCGGCGGCUAUAGCUGAAGAUGGACCCGAUGCGAACCUGGACGAGGGUGAUGUAGUCGAAGAAGCCAUCACCACACCGGUGAAGAAACGCGGCACGGCGAACACCAAGAGUAAGGGCCGUGCCCCAGCUCCGGUCGAGCAAGAGGAGGAGAUUGACGAAGAUAACUUCGACAACGAGUUCGAAGACGCUUUUGAGCCCCCCGCUCAAGGCACAAGUACUGGCCGUGGAACCCAAGCCGGUCGAGUACCGAGGCGUCCUCGAGGAGCGUGA